AUGCCAAACGGCCACGCCCACCCACCCCAUCCGCCCCACCCCCCACAACACGCCGCCCCGACGAACCACCGCGCGCACACGCAGGCGCCGAAGGAGCGCAUCAAUGUUCAAGCUGUCCCCUCCGUCACGGUGCAGAACAACGAGCUCGUCGUUGGUGAUUCCAAUACCAGUUCGGUACGAUCGUAUACACCGCUCAAGGUGGUCGGAGAUGGAUCUUUUGGCACGGUAUGGUUAUGCGAUUGGCAUGGGACGCUACCGCCCAAUACACCCGUGUCUGCCAUGCAAUGCGGGCCCGGGGCGAGGCCCGAAUACGCGGGCAAGAGGCUGGUCGCCGUCAAGAGGAUGAAAAAGACCUGGGAGGGCGGCUGGGACGAGUGUAAGAAGCUCAAGGAGCUCGAGUCAUUACGGGCAAUCGCCUACCACCCCAACAUCAUUCCGCUUUACGACUUCUUCCUCCUCCCUGACACCAAGGAGCUCUACUUCGUCUUCGAGUCCAUGGAGGGCAACUUAUACCAGCUCAUCAAGACCCGCAAAGGUAAGCCCUUGGCGGGCGGCCUCGUCUCCUCCAUUUUUCGGCAGGUUGUCUCUGGGCUACACCACAUACACGAGUCUGGCUACUUUCAUCGCGACAUGAAGCCGGAGAACCUCCUCGUCACGACAACCGGCCUGUACGACUACCGCCCCGUUUCGCCAUAUGCUACCCCGGAUUCGCCGCCCGAGAGUGACGUAGUUGUCAUCGUCAAGCUUGCCGAUUUUGGUCUGGCGCGUGAGACGAAGAGCGAGCCCCCUUACACCGAGUACGUGUCGACGCGAUGGUACCGUGCCCCCGAGGUCCUCCUCAAGAGCAAACACUACUCAAAUCCCGUCGAUAUGUGGGCGCUCGGGACGAUCAUGGCCGAGCUAGUCAACCUCAGACCGCUGUUCCCCGGACAAGGCGAAGUCGAUCAGGUCUCCCGAAUAUGUGAACUUCUAGGCGAUCCAGGCAGGGACUACGGGUUGGACGGCCGAGGGAAGCCCAUAGGUGGCGGGAAGUGGCCCAAGGGCGUUAAGAUGGCGCGAGCAGUGGGGUUUCAGUUUCCGGAGAUCCCGCCCAGAGACUUCUACGCCCUCUUCGAUCGCUCGGUACCUAUGAAGUUGGUCGAGUGCAUAGCCGACCUGCUGAAGUACGAUCCGGACUUGCGUCUCACGAGCCAGCAAUGUGUCGACCAUCCGUACCUGGCGGAGACGACACCGCUCAACAACCCACCGGGCCCGCCGGGUUCCCAAACUGCUGCCAACGGGAAUGGGUUGUAUGCGCGGGCGAACGGCGUCUCUUCGGCGCGAUCGCUGCCAUCCGUCACUCCUCGAAGCGCACCACCAUCGCACUCGCACAACUCGCUUCCAGGAAGGCCGGAGUUCGAGCCCCAGCCAGGGUUGGCAACUGUACAGAUUCCGGAAGUGUCCUCAUCACAUCGCUCGUCGUUCUACGAGUCGAGAAGCCGCGCACAGUCAGAAGCUCGAGGUUUACCGACAUACCCACAGGACGCGGUUCACGGCGUUCGCGUGCCGAAUGGUGUCUCACCUUCGCAGUCGCAAGCUCCCUCCGAGUAUUCCAACGGGUGGCCAUCGUACGCCUCGGAUUCCCAUGGAGCCUGGGACCCCAUGGACAUCUCGCCGCAGGUCGAGAUCCCUCCCGAUGGCUUUCCGCAUUCUAUGGAUAUCCAGACCUCGCCUAUGGUUCGCGAACACCCCCAGCGGCCGGCAGUCGAGGACCCCAUUCAGAACGGCGCGAACGGACACAUCCAGGAGGCUGCGCAACAAGCCUCAGGCAAGCUUGGCAAGUUCAGCUUCACGAGGAAGACGAGCAAGUGGGGACUCGGCAUGUUCGGCCACGGCGACAAGGGCCAGCAAGGCCUCCCUCCCGUGCAGGAGAUCCCUGUGGUGGGGUCUGCCAGCUCAACACCGUCGCUCAAGCGUACACAGUCUUCAAGUACGGACAGUCGUUCGCUAUCGGAGCUGUCUCCGUUACAAGAGGUACCCCGCAUCAUCACGGACCCCAAGCAACGGAAGAAGGAGGCGGCGCGCAUACAACGGGAUGCGGAGAAGCAGCGGCGGUUGCUCGCGGAAAAAACGCAGAAGGAGCAGGCUCGGGCAGUCAUGGAGAAGAGCAAGCGCAUCCGCGACACUUCGGGAGACUUCGAGUGGCGCAGUACACAUGCGGUGGCGCUGCUGCACGGCCCAAGCCAGGCGUACACCCAGCAGAUCCUCUCGGGCAAGCAGCCUGCCGCCGCUGCUGGCCCCAUCCGGCAGACGCAGAGCCACGGCGUCUCGUCAUUCAGCGCUGCGGGCGGCAGUUUUGCGAGCCCCUCCGACGCAAAUCCGCGCGGAGAUUGGCGGAGAGACGAGCGUGUGGCAAAGGCGCGACGGCGAGACUACGACGACGACCAUUCCAUGUCGUCUACCGACUUGCCUAGUGGCGUUUCCGUCAUCUCCUUCGCAACGGUGGACAGUGAUCCUGGUCCAGCGCGCCUACGACAUCGACCGAGCGCGCUGGGCAUCAGUCGCAUGACGUCGAUGUCGUCGCUCGGGACGACAAUGUCGGAAGAGUUCUCGCCACAUGCACGCUCGUCGACGUCGCUGGCGAUGGAGCAGCAGUUCGCGAACGACUUCCACCUCCGCGCCUCGGUCGACUCGUCGUCGAUCUCGGACGGCGGCUCGCCUGCGGUCGCGCCGCUACACAUGCUCUCGCUGUCGUCGCCGAUUCCAUGGGCGCAUCAGGAGAACGGGGAGAACACGGGCGAGCGACCAUCAUUAAACAUCCCGCCGCAGCCGAAGCACCCAACCGGCUUUCAGCCGCAGGGGCCCCUCAGCCCGUACGAGCACGGCCAAGGAAAUGGGCUGGGCUAUCCGUCAAGUCCAGGCGUCGCACCAAAGUCGGCCAUCAACCCCAUGUUCAAAGUGCCGCCAAUAUCCACGACGAUCCUCUCACGACCAGGCUCAUUACCACCCUUCGCCCACUUGGAAGCCGUUGCAGAGGGAGAGUACCCGCCCUUGUCGCCGAUGUCCUUUACGACACCAGACGACAUGGCGAACGACUUCAGCUAACCCUAGUGGUGCCCGUCUUCCGCUCUUAUUCCUUGCUGCCGCUCACGCAUCCGUCCUCAUGGUCUCGCCGCUGCUGUAUAUCCUGGGUCGCCUGUCGCAUAUCACGCUCGUUCUUGGUUGCUAUUUAACGCCCCCAUCACCUGCUCUCAUCUCCGUCCUCACCAUCGCAUGCGCCGCAGCUGCACUGUACAUCGCACCACGUCGCGCCCACCACCUCCGCUGCCUUCCAUGUCGCCCCUCGCUUCUUCCCCUCAUCGACAUGCGGACGCGCCCCCCUCACUGCCCCUCGACCCACGCAUUUGCCCCCUUGCUCAUACUUAUCUGUUGCAUUCAUUCGUUUGUCGCUCUUUGGACCCGUUGUAGUUUUCAGGACUCCCGUUAGUCAUCUGGAUCGCUCUAUUCGCACCCGCACCCGCGCACGCCGCGAACCCGCGGCCGCCGACGUUCACUCGUCGCGCCGGUCCGUGGUUCGCGGCUGGCCGCUGCCGCUGCGCGGGGCACCGCACGCACACUCCCUCACUUUACCUCUCUCAUCUCAUCUCACUCACCCCGUCCCCCUGACGCGCAUUGCGCGUCUCCAUCACCCCAUCGUCGUUCAUACCACGCCUGGCCCGUUCGUCUUCUCCGUACAUUAUAAUUCGCCCCUAUUCCCCCGACGCGCCCGCCAGAGGCGGCUCCGUCGCGUGCGCGGCCGCAUCGCAUCGAUCGCAUAUGCCCGCCCCCGCCGCCCGCGGGGCGCGGCGCCCCAGCUACCACUUACCAUACCUAGACUACAUUUCAAGUGUAUUUGUACUACCACCUCGUGGCCGGCAUAAAAGGAACCCAAACAGCCCAUCCCGUGCGCCGUGUGCGAUGCGAAGACCUCCAGCGGCCUGCUCGGGGCAAGAGCGUGCAAUGCACGCACGCCGUUCCGGCGGAACGUUCGGGGGUCGGUCUCAGCUGGACAGCAGAAGGCGUGCGCAGAAGACGGGCGUGGGUGCGCGUGCCCGGGUUCGCGCGCG